AUGGCCGCGGCAGACGUGUCCCACGACGGGUUCACCUUGCUCCCCAUUCGAAUGCCUCCGCUGCCCUCCUUUCCUCACAGCAUCGUCCACGAAGUUCGCAUUCGCCGAAACACGCCCAAGGUUCCCACCCCAGACGACUCUCGCAGCCUGUUCCUCAAAAACAUUCCGACCGACAGCACCGAGGCGCAUUUCCGCUCCGUGUUCGCCGACCUGGUGGGUGCGGGGCGUUUCGAGACCAUCGUCUUCGACGACGAGCCCGCAGCCGCGUUGCCCGCAGAUCCCGCUCGGGCGACAAAGAUGCAAGGCUUGGCCAGGAAGCGGAAGCUGAUGGACGUGGAGGCCGAGGAGGAGAGAGCGCGGGACGAGCUGGCGGCGCAGCUGCCGCCGAUAUGGACGCGCAGCCUGCGCCGGAGCGGCGGGACGGCGGUCGUCUUGCUCGCAGACGACAGGAGCGUCCAGCUCGUACUCAAAGCCGCUGAAAAGGCUCGGAAAAGCAGCAGGUACCCGGUGUGGGGUGAGGGCCUGGCGGACGAGGUUCCGCAGCUGGGCUCGCGAUGGAUCUCGUCGCAUCUGCAGCUUUGCCGGGUCGAUCAGGCGGCUGCGCAAAGCGCCGUCCACGCCUUUUUCAACGCCUUCAACCGCCGGGAGAAGGAGGCCGUCGAGCUCGCCAAGAGGCUGCGCAACGAGCCCGACGAGGAUGGCUUCGUGACAGUCACCCGCGGAGGGAGAGCAGCGCCGGCUAGUCGGAACGAAGCCGAGGAGGCCAAGCAGAGAAUGGUUGAUAGGGCGGCCAAGAAGAAGACUGAGCUGAGGAACUUUUACCGCUUCCAGCUCCGCGAGGAGCGCAAGAGGGAGCAGGCCGCUCUGCUGCGGCGCUUCGAGGAGGAUAAGCGAAAAGUGGACGGGAUGCGGGAAAAGCGCGGCAAGUUUAAGCCUGAGACGUAG